CCUCCAGCUCCGCGGUCGUCAAGUCAGUCAGUGUGCUGCUGGAUUCGGUUUGAACGUCAGGCGUGAGCGGGAGUAGUGGACCGGACUGGAUUCAGUCAGCACAGCAGCGUUUGUGGUGUCCCGAUGGCGACAGACAUUGUUGCGCAGUUGGCCGACUCUCUGGCCAAGACCGGAGUAGCCGAAGGAGAGUUGAGCUACAAAGGCCAGGGAAGAAAGCUGGACGAUGCCCAAUCAGUGGAGGACAUGGUGAAGGAGAUCCAGGACUUCAAGGGUUUGCAGGCUCUGAGGUUGGAGGGAAACACUAUAGGUGUGGAGGCGGCACAGGCCAUCGCCAAGGCCCUAGAGACAAAGAGCGAGUUCAAGUGCUGUUAUUGGAGUGACAUGUUCACAGGUCGCCUGCGCUCUGAGAUCCCACCUGCUCUGAACUCACUGGGCGAUGCUCUAAUGCUGGCGGGUGCCAGGUUGACUGUUUUAGACCUCAGCGACAACGCCUUUGGACCAGACGGGGUAAAGGGCAUCGAGAAAUUGCUCAAGAGUACUGCAUGCUACACAUUACAGGAGCUACGGCUCAACAACUGUGGCAUGGGCAUUGGAGGAGGGAAGAUCUUGGCUGCAUCGUUGACCCAGUGCUAUAAGAAAUCCAGCGCAGAGGGCACACCCCUCAGUCUGAAGGUGUUUGUUGCAGGGAGGAACCGACUGGAGAACGACGGAGCCACCGCACUCGCUCAAGCCUUCCAGUUGAUGGGCAGCCUGGAGGAGGUUAACAUGCCCCAGAAUGGCAUCAAUCACCCUGGUGUGACAGCCCUGGCCACAGCCAUGCAGCAAAACACGGGCCUCCGCAUCCUCAACCUCAACGACAACACCUUCACUGAGAAGGGGGCUAUCGCCAUGGCUCAGGCACUGAAACACCUACGCAGCGUCCAGGUGAUCAACUUUGGAGACUGUCUGGUGAGGCCAGCGGGAGCCAUGGCUAUUGCAGAAAGUGUAUCAGAGGGACUCCCAAUCCUCAAGGAACUCAAUCUGUCAUUUGGCGAGAUUACAGAGGAAGCAGCUCUGGCUGUGGCACACGCAGUAAAGGACAAAGACCAGCUGGAGAAACUGGACCUAAAUGGUAACAGUCUCGGAGAGGACGGCUGCAAAGCCCUGAAAGACUUCAUGGAAGGCCUGAACAUGGGCGACCAUCUAGCAUCACUCAGUGAUGACGAAGGUGAGCCAGAAGAUGACGACGAGGACGAAGAUGAAGAUGAGGAAGAGGACGAGGAGGAAGUGGAUGAAGAGGAAAUAGAUGAAGAAGAGGAGGAGGAAGAAGAAGAAGAGGAGGAAAACGGUGGCAUCAAGUUGUCGACUCCUGCAUCAGCACCCCGGCCUCCGGACGUUUCCUCCUUCCUCAGCUUUCCAUCUCCAGACAAACUGCUCAAACUGGGAGCAAAGAGAGCGUCGCUUAUCGAGCAGCAGGUGGAUGUGACAGAUGCUGCAAAAACAGCUGAAGCCUUCCUCAAGAUUGCAUCCGUGUACAAGGAGGAGAAUAACGAAGUGAAGAGUGCAGUGUUGGACAGCAUCGAUGCUCUUCUCAGAAAAGCGUUUACCACUCCUUCCUUCCAAGGCUACAACUUUGUAUCAUCUUUAUUAGUGUUGCUCGGUCUUAUCAAGAGUGAGGACAAGGUGAAGCCCGUCCUUGUGGUUCCCGGCCACCUCCACGCCUUGGAGCACGUCGUUCGACAGGACUACUUCCCCAAAGAGAACGUGACUGUGCUGCAGGCCUUCAUGUCCCGGUAAGGGCGUGACAGAAUGAGCCAAUCAGCAGGCAUCUUGCAGAAACAACAAAGCCCUGGAGUCCUGUGGCAACGCCAGAAACAGCCUCCAGUCGACACUGCAGAGAGUCAGGUCUGAGGGCUGAGGACACUAAACAUACAUAUACAUACAGACUGAACUUUGAUUGACCACUGAUGGACCUUGUUGGAAAGCAGCACACAUGAGCUCACGUUUGAAGCAAACAAAGCAGCACUUGAGAAGAACAGGCGCCACUCCGACACACUCCGCUGUGUCACCGCUGUCCUUCAAAUACUCGGCAACACACCUCUUUCUGGACUGGACUUGAAUGUUAUUCUGUAAUCGUAUCUCUCAUGUUGUGGACUAACUGAAAAGCUUCAUGUACACUUGUUUAACCACAGCACUGACAACAUGGUCUUUAUGCUCUUUGUAUUGUGGUGAAUUAGAAAAAGGCCUGAUUUCCCUCAAAGGUCUGUGUGUUAGUGACACCUGAUUGGCUGAUGCACAGAUUACAACUCGAAGAGCUCUGACCAGGAUCGAAGAAUCAGCUAUUGUACAUUUUAUAUUUCAUAUCUACCUUUACUAUUCCGUUGUUUUUAUAUGAAAUGUUUAUGAAAUAUAGUCAAAUGAUGAUAUUAAAAUAUGUAUUGACUGCUAAAUACUAUUAAAAAUAAGAUUAAAGAACAAUCAAAAGGGAUUAAAUGAGUGUUUCCUGCCUGAGACACGAGCUGCAUUGUUUGGGGAUUUCCGUUGAGAAAAUAAAGCUGAUUUGAGUGUC